AAGCCGCAUUUUCCCCAGGACAGAAUGGGAUGAGGGCAUGGCAGGGAAGAGAAGAGCUUAGCCUGGGAAUCUGACUGGGUAGGGGAUGGGAGAACGAAAAGGGGAAAAGCAAAAACAAAACUCUAGAGAAACAGGUCCUGGGGACUCCUUGGCGCUCGCUCUCACUGUGUGGUCCCAGCCAGUUCACUGGAGAACCGGAGUCUCGUGGCUGCUUUGGCUGAAGGUCAGGGGAUCAUCUUUCUCCGGCUCCCUUUUGCAAAGGGUAGGGAAAGGAAGCGAUGGCGGCCUUGGCGCCCGCCCCGCGCCCAGGGACACAGACGGGAAUCCCUCGAGACCCUCAGCGGGGACCGCCGGGGGGGUCCUGCGUUCUGCAGCUUGGCAACCGCCUCCUCCGUGUUCUGCAGCUCGGGGCAGCGGCGGGGGGUGCGUCCUGCGGCAGCUGCAGGGCUCCGUCCCGCCCGCUGUCCCCGCGACUCCGUACUGCUGUCGCGGGCGGAGUGGACUCGGGGAGGGCCCAGCCUCCGUGCUCCGCCCCUGGCCCGGCAGGACCCGGCUCGGCGCGCCCUCGGCAGAAAGCCCUCCUCCCCGGCCAAGGUAGAGGAAGUUGGGCUCCCGCCUGGCUGGGAGGCGGGAGGGAGCCCGCUCCUGUUGUUUUCCGCCGGCGGGAGUGGGCAGGCAGGCGCAGGGGGCGGGGUGCGCCCUCCCUCCGCGGCCAGGGCGCUCGGGAGCCGGGACCCGAGCCUGCAGCCGAGCGCCGCUCCCGGCCCCGGACACCCGGCUCAGCCAAGCAUCCUUCCUGGGGGCCGAGAAAGUGGGGCUACUCUGCCGUUCCGAGGACCUGAGAGGAGCCCUUGGUCCCCCGGGCCCCGGUGCCCUGGGGCGCACACGUCCAGCCCAGCCUGAGCCUGCAUUUCCUGAGCCGGGAUCUGGGGCGAGAUGGCCGCAGGCGGCGGUGCGCCCGAGCCCCGCGUCCUCGUCUGCCUCGGGGCGCUCCUGGCCGGCUGGGUCGCCGUAGGAUUGGAGGCUGUUGUCAUUGGAGAAGUUCAUGAGAAUGUUACUCUGCACUGUGGCAACAUCUCGGGACCGAGGGGCCUGGUGACCUGGUACCGGAACGACUCGGAGCCUGUCUUCCUUCUCUCGUCCAACUCUAGCCUCCCGCCAGCUGAGCCUCGCUUCUCUCUAGUGGAUGCCAGUUCCCUGCACAUCAAAUCGCUGGGCCUGGGAGAUGAGGGGAAUUACACCUGCCAGGAGAUCCUGAAUGUGACUCAGUGGUUCCAAGUGUGGCUGCAGGUGGCCAGCGGCCCCUAUCAGAUUGAGGCCCACAUCGCAGCCACCGGCACACUCCCCAACGGCACCCUCUACGCAGCCAGGGGCUCCCGGGUGGACUUCAGUUGCAACAGCAGCUCCAGGCCACCACCCAUGGUUGAAUGGUGGUUCCAGGCCCUGAAUUCCAGCAGUGAGUCCUUCGGCCACAAUCUGACAGUCAACUCUUUCUCGCUGUUACUGAUGUCACCAAACCUCCAAGGGAACUACACCUGUUUGGCCUUGAAUCUGCUCAGCAAGAGACAUCGAAAGGUGACCACCGAGCUCCUGGUCUACUACCCCCCUCCAUCAGCUCCCCAGUGCUGGGCACAGAUGGCAUCAGGAUCGUUCAUGCUGCAGCUCACCUGUCGCUGGGAUGGGGGAUACCCUGACCCUGACUUCCUGUGGAUAGAAGAGCCAGGAGGUGUAAUCGUGGGGAAGUCAAAGCUGGGGGUGGAAAUGCUGAGCGAGUCCCAGCUGUCGGAUGGCAAGAAGUUCAAGUGUGUUACAAGCCACAUAGUCGGGCCAGAGUCGGGCGCCAGCUGCGUGGUGCAGAUCAAGAAGCAAACAUGUCCUCACAUUCAAAGCCAUCCUGGGCUGAAUUUGGCCCACAGGCUGCGGGUUGCACAAGCUUGCUCUAGAGCGUCCAGAAGGAACCAGCUCUGCCAACACCUUGAUGUUAACCUUGAUGUAAGAUCAUUCCGGACUCCUGACCUCCAGAACUGGGGUCCCUCCCUUCUCUCUGAGCCCAUGAAGACUUGCUUCGUUGGGGGCAAUGUGACACUUACCUGCCAGGUGUCUGGGGCCUACCCCCCUGCCAAGAUCCUGUGGCUGAGGAACCUUACCCAGCCUGAGGUGGUGAUCCAGCCCAGCAGCCGCCAUCUCAUUACCCAGGACGGCCAGAACUCCACCCUCACCAUCCACAACUGCUCCCAGGACCUGGAUGAGGGCUACUACGUCUGCCGGGCUGACAGCCUUGUAGGGGUGAGGGAGGUGGAAAUCUGGCUGAGUGUGAAAGAACCUGUAAAUAUCGGGGGGAUUGUGGGAACCAUUGUGAGUCUCCUUCUGCUGGGACUGGCCGUUAUCUCAGGGCUUCUGUUGUAUUACAGCCCUGUGUUCUGCUGGAAAGUAGGAAACACUUUCAGGGGACAAAACAUGGAUGAUGUCAUGGUUUUGGUGGAUUCAGAAGAGGAGGAGAAGGAGGAGGAAGAUGCUGCAGUAGAGGAAGAGGAGGAAGCACAUGAGAGAGAGGAGUUGCCAAAAGAAAUACCUAAGCAGGACCACAUUCACAGAGUGACCGCCUUGGUGAAUGGGAACAUAGAACAGAUGGGAAAUGGAUUCCAGGAUCUACAAGAUGACAGCAGUGAGGAGCAAAGUGACAUUGUUCAAGAAGAAGACAGGCCAGUCUGAAGAAGAGGAUGGUCCAUGGUUGUUUUGCUCUGAAAGCUUGGAAAGCUUCACUGAAGAUGAGCUCUUCAUUCAGCUUUGACUCGACCUGCACCCCUGGCCGGGGCUUGCACUAGCAACAUUUGGGUCUCAGCAAAAAACAAAACCAAGCACACACAUCUUUCCUUCCAUUUAUUGAAAAACGUUGGUUUGAUUUGCUCUAAGUUUUCCCAAUGAUGUUUAAAAGCUUUGAGAAGGAAGGCUGCUUUGGUGUCUGAGGUGCCACUUCUGCUGUGAAUCCUGGCUUUAUCCAGGUUGAUUUACUGUGAUAGAUGCUUAUUUGGAGGGAGCAGAGGUCAGGGAAGCGCUGGGUCUUGGUGCCUUUUGCCACUUUUUUUUUUUUUUUUUUUUUUUUUGUUGAGACCGAGUCUCCCUCUACUGCCCAGGCUGGAGUGCAAUGGCACGAUCUCGGCUCACCACAACCUCCACCUUCCGGAUUCAACCGAUUCUCCUGCCUCAGCCGUGCCACCAUGCAAAUAUCAAUUCCUUGGAACAGGUGAAGUUCCAGGUACCAAUGCCAAUCAGAGGAAGGCAGUUUGGUUCAGGCUUUGGAGUUAGAAACACCUGAAGUCAAAUCUGGGCUCUGUUGCUUCCUUCUUUCAUGGGCUAGGGCACGAUUCUUUACCUGUUUCUUGGCCUCAAUUUCCUCACCUAUAAAAUAGAUGAGGAAAUUGCUCACUUAUUGUCUCGUUCGGAAAGCUUGGAAAGCUACAUUGAAGAUGAGCUCUUCAUUCAGCUUUGACUCGAUCUGUACCCCUGGCGGGUGCUUGCACUAGCAACAUUUAGGUCUCAGCAAAAAAACCAAGCACACACAUCUUUCCUUCCAUUUAUUGAAAAACAUCUUUGUAAGAUCACCUGCUAAAUAUGAAAAUCUGACUUGAAUUUGUACUAUUUAAUAAUGCGUUUCUGCUCUAGUGGGCAGGACCUAGGGCUUAAAGGGGAACUUCCUUUCUCCAAUUCUAGGAACUGGGACUCUAAAAUGAGAAGCUGGUUGUCCGAAGUAACCCUGCAGGUGUGGUUGGGGAAGGUCUGUCUUCUUGGAUGAAGGAACUAAACUAAGCAUAUCGGCACUGUCUUAACCAUUUUUAUUUCCCUGGAGAUAGAAUUCUUUUAAAAAGAGUUAGGGAGCUGGUAAUAGCAAGUGCCUUUCAUUAUAACCACAUUUUGCAGAGCUUCAUAUUUAUAUACAAGCCUCCUAGGUGAUUCACUAUUAGCUUGCAGAUUUUCCUAUGCUUCAUUUCUCCUGUUGCUUUCAAAGAAGGCAGGAGACAUGUUUAAUAAGGGAGUAUCUGGUGAUAAGAACUGCUUGGGCAAACCAGCUCAUUUGGACUAUUUCUCAGUCUGGGAAAUGGGAAGAGGAAAACUUGUUUCCUUCCUGCUUCUUAAGGAUAUUCUGAGGGUACACUGAUCAAUAACACUAAAUUUGGAAUGAAAAUACCAUGUGAUGAGUUUAGCUUGCUGAUGCUUCCAGUAGAUCCUUGUAUAGUUUCAAUAUUUAAGUUUUCUGAUUUCAUAUAAAUUUCUUAAAGUCAAGGAUCUUAUAAGGGUGCAGCGGAUGUUUGCUAAAUAUGAAAAACUUACUUGAAUUUGCACUCUUUAAUGUUGCGUAUCUGCUCUAGUGGGCCGGACCUAGGACUUAAAGGGGAACUUCCUUUCUCUAAUUCUAGGAACUGGGACUCUCAAAAUGAGAAGCUGGUUGUCUGAAGUAACCCUGCAGGUGUGGUAGGGGAAGGUCUGUUUUCUUGGAUGAAGGGACUAAACUAAGCAAAUCACUAGAAGUAUGCCCCGUCCCCUGCUCAGAACACUGGGGAGCUCAAGAAUGGGCUGCAAUGUGCACCCCUCAGGAAUAGCUGUGAAUUGCAGUUCUACUGGCUUUUGGCUUUUUGUCUUUUGCUGCAAGGCACCCACGUACUUAACCAUUCUCAACAGUGUAAAUCAGUGUCAUUUUAGAAUGAGAUACUCAGCUUGCUUCUAAAGUCACUGAAUACUGAGUGAGUCUCUCCUUUCGAGUCUUCAGCAACCAAAUUCCAGAAUUGAAGAGUCUACUACUCAGAGGCAACAAGAUUAAAAAAAGAAAACACAAAAACUGUUGAGGUGAAAAAAAAAAAAACAACCCUAACUGGGAACACAGAGAAUGUUUUGUAAGAUCACUGGGAUAUUUUCCACAACUUCCUCUUCUCUUGCACACACAUCUGUUGAUAGGAAAUAUUUGAGGGUUUUUCCACUAUCAAAUGGGAGCUUCACGGUCCUGGUGCCAAACACUAUAAACCUUUGACCAGCUGAGCUGUGACUGCCGUCACAUAUCUGAGUCCUGUGUGCACAUUAACAUCCUGGGUCAGGUAAAAUCCAGGUCUUCAAGUUUUAAGGAUUUUUGAAAAAUUCGGGCUUCUUUAAGACGAUCCAUGCCCAAAUCCACAAGCUUGUUGACAGCGGAUUACAGUUUGUGUGGCAAAGUCCAAGUUAUUACACUGUGCUUUAAAAAAAAUCUUAUCUGCAUGUAUUGUUAACUUAGAGACUGUGAGAUCUAUUUAUCAGGACCAGGAAGAUAAACACUUCAGGUCCAUUGCAACUGACUUUUUUCUUGUUUUUCUCAAAACCUGGUGGACCCCAGGAAGGGAGCCUCCACAAUUCUGUGGCUUUGAUAUUGGCUCCAAUUCUCACAAGCACAUACAAGCCCCAUAAUUGCCACAGGAAAACACAAGAUGGAAAACUGCAAUAACCCAUGCACUGAGACUUAGAAAAUCAUCCUUACUAGGUAAAAUGUAUUAUGAUGCAAUAAGAGCCAACUGAUAUUUCUCACGUUGGGACUGGCCAGGAACUGCUGCAAAGAAAAAAACCCAGCUCCUUCUCCAUUAUUUACAUUUUAAGAUGUGGUGGGGGGAGAUUGGGAGAAAUUAAUUCUGAGGUUAUCAUAUGCAUUUUUUAAAAGAUAAUGGAAUAAAGCUAUUUUUAAGUAA